UGGAAAACUGUUCAUUUCUCAAGUUAAAAUGCAUCCAGUGAGAGUGUCGAUCCCUUCGUUUCGUUCCGAAAACAACUCGAUCGAGAAAGGAUACACGGUCUUCAGAAUUGACGUGCUGAUGAACGGCAGACAACAUGCUGUCGAGAAACGCUACAGUGAAUUCCACACGUUUGCAAUAAAAUGGUGACUAAAGAAGAGCAUAAAGCCGCCUGAGAUUCCUCCCAAACAUGUAAGAAACUGGGUUCCUAAAGUCCUGGAGCAGCGGAGGCUCGGUCUGGAGCUCUACCUGCAGUCUAUAAUUAUGGAAAAUGGAGUCCUUCCAAAGGUAUUCCUGGAUUUCCUGAAUAUCCGACAUUUUCCUUCAGUGCCAAAAACAGAAAGCUGUGGGUCGUUUGAUACAGAAUCAGAGGAAUCAAGUAAACUUUCACAUCAGCCAGUCCUGCUGUUUCUGAGAGACCCCUACCUGCUGCCGUCUGCUCACGAUGCAUUUUCGAAUGUGGUGAUUGAAGGUGUGGUGCAUGGAGUUUUCUACCCAGAUCUUCAACCCAGGUAGAGCUGCAGAGCUGAUCUGAGAACAGCAGGAGCUCAUCAGGAGGGACGUUACAUGUUAAUAUAACUGAGCCGCAUUUUCAAAACAUAAACUAAAAAUCCAUACAUUUCUUUUCUUUUAUAGAUAAAACACCAACACCAGUCACCAUGAAAUAAAGAAAAGCAAUACUGAGCAAUAUUUGAAUGGAUUUGGAAUCCUGAGAAAACAAUACAAGCAAACACUUUUAGUCAGAUAUAAUUGUAACUAUAAGUGAAACUAAUUAAAAAUUGAAAUGAAAAGAGGAAUUAGGGAUUAUUUUCCGAUUAUAGCAUAAAAUGUACCUCAUAUUUUAAUGAUUUCUUUACAAGGUAUUGAUAAAAAAUAGGAUAAACUGAACAUAGAGAUAAGAGGCAGAUCAAAGAACGUCAAAGAGUGUUUUCAGCACAUAAAUAGAAGCUGAAACUCUGGGGACGGAGAUGCCAGCUGGACUAAAGUUUUCCAGACAGAGAGGAGGCUGUGAGCACAAACACAGGCUGGAGUGUGGAGCUGGAUCACGGCCUGCCAGCAGAGAGGUGCCACUCCCUUCAGAGAACCAUGGCUGUGGUUUCUGACUUCGUUCUGAACCGCCAAAUGAGUGAGAGCAGGGCAGCAGCUGGAGUGUGUUUGUGUGGGAGCUGACAGCUAUGUGCCACAUGUUAGGGUGGAAAUACUUGGAGUUGUGAUGUGGACCUCGUUUAUUAAACAUCAGAACUGUAGUGUUGACGGUGGUAAUAGUAGAGAAGCAGCUCAGUGAGGUGAUGUAACCACAACAGACAGAAAUAUGUGGCACCGCCUGUUAGCACUUCACUCCUAUGCAUUGUCAGAAUAAUGAUAAAUAAUCAAAGCAGCAGAACCAGAGAAAUAUCUUCUUUAUUUCACGAUUUCUUCUUCCCUUCCUGGCACCUACAUUACCCACAAUGCAAAGCAACCAUUGGCUCUUUGGUCGUAGAUUCAGGUAGCUUCAGCUUGUGUUUCCUCUUGAUAAUCAGAGAUCUGUGAGCUCACUUCUGUCUGACCUCCAGAUUCUGUCAUUUUCAGAUUUGUAGUCCUCAACCCAACGUGGAUAAAAGUGAGGGGAUUUUUCAGAUUGGCCACAGCUCUCUGGAGCAACUAAACGCCUUAAACAACGUUUUUCACUUCUGCAGUGUUACUCCCCUAGACCUGUGAACAGACCUCGGUGUGUUAAAUUGGUGGAGCCCCCCCCCCCCCCCCCUCUAGGAGAAGAUAAGGACAGACUUAAGGGUGGUUCUUCAUUUCAAAUGUGUGCAUCCUUCUGGGCAAAUAUGUUUUAGAAAAGAAAAACAUUUGACCUGAGCCUCUUUGAACAAAUAACAGGGUGUAAGCUGUUUGUUGAUGUCCUACAGCACAUGCCAAACCUAAAUACAACAUUUACAUUUGUUCCAGUGUGUGCAAAUAAUAUAAACAAAAAACUAUUUGUAAUCAAAAUGCUUCUUGUAGAGCCUGUUUCUCAUUAGUUGUAUUGUCCCCAAACAUAAACUAGCUGCAGACACAUUUGCAAAAGGUCAGUAUGUGACACUAAAACAGUCAUGUUCAGUUUAAUGUUGAACUUACACUAUAUAUAUAUAAGGCCAGUUUAACACUUGUGGUGAUUAGAGUCACCCAUCAUGCAAAGGGAAAGCAUUUUUAAAAUGAGAGGUGGUGAUUUAAAGGACUUAAACCAGUAAAACACUGCAAUAUUAAAAUAAAUACAGAUUGUCUUGAUAUACUUUCUUGUGAUGUACAAACCAUCUGGACACUUGAAACGACUCGUAGCUUUUGUGAAACAAUAUGUUGCACGUCGCUUUUUGUGCAGUUAUCGAUGACACUUUGUGAUGUGACUGGACCUCCACUACAGCACAGUAAUGACUACAUAUUUAUACUGAAUGGAAUGAGCAUUAACCUCAACUAAACAGAACAUGAUUUUAUGUUUUAACAAAUAAUUUCCUAGAGAUCCAUCCUGUGGAUUUAUAUAUGUAUUUAUAUUGUGUAACAUUGUAUUUGUGCUCUGUGAAAAGUGUCAUUUAUGUGCCAUAAUGUCAACCUACAGUGAACACUGGAAUUACUGUAGCACUUUAAGAUGCUCGACAUGUAAGAUACUGACACCAAUAAAAAUAAUUAUUUCCACAAAA